CCUAGCCUCUGUCCUGAGUGAUCGCAACAAGAUUGGGGGUAUCCUUGAAGUCAGGCAGGCCUACGGGCUGAGGAAUCACAUCCACGUUUCACUCCAGAUCGUCCUGUCUUCCAGGAGACAGGGAAGGGAAAUGUCUGUGAUGGAGCCAGCUCAGCUGCCGGUGACCUUCGAGGAUGUGGCUGUGUAUUUCACCCAGGGGCAGGGGGCUCUGCUGGACCCCGCUCAGAGAGCCCUCUACAGGGACGUCAUGCAGGAGAACUACAAGACAGUGACCUCGCUGGGAUUUCCCAUUCCCAAACCUGAGGUGAUCUCCCGCCUGGAACAAGGGGAAGAGCCGUGGGUGCCAGAUCUCCAGGCCUGUGAGGAAAGAAGGCUUCCGAGAUGCACCCAUACAGCAGGCGCUGAGCGAGAGAGUGAGAACGAGGAGGGGAAUCAUCAUGAGGAAGUGUCCAGGGAAGUGGAACCACAGGGGACUUCUGUGGGAAGAAUUGAAGGGAAUUAUUCCCACUGCUGGGAGCAGGGAGAAGCCUGGGGAAAUUGGCACAGGUCAGAGAGGCUUGUGGGAAACCACCCAGGGCAGAAAGUGGAUGAAUCUAUUAAGGGUGGGGGAGGCGAUGAGGAUCCCAGAGCGCAGCAGACAAAUCCCAAGGAAGAGACACCCUGGCACUGCCUGCAGUGUGGGAAAGGAUUCAUUGUGAGAUCACAGCUUGUGACACAUCAGACAAUCCAUUCUGGAGAGAAACCCCUUCAAUGCUUGGACCGUGGGGAAAGCUUCAAUAACCGCUCAGAUCUUAAUAACCAUGGGAGAAGCCACACUGGAGAGAAGCCCAUUCAAUGCCUAGAGUGCAGGAAAUGUUUCAGUUCUAAGUCAACACUAAUUUCACAUCAGGCAAUCCACACAGGAGAGAGACCCCAUAAGUGCUUGGAUUGUGGGAAAAGUUAUAAGAAGAAGUCACACCUUCUUAGACAUCAGGCAAUCCACACAGGAGAGAGACCCCAUAAGUGCUUGGAUUGUGGGAAAAGUUAUAAGCAGAGACCACACCUUCUUAGACAUCAGGCAAUCCACACAGGAGAGAGACCUCACAAGUGCUUGGACUGUGGGAAAAGUUAUAGGCAGAGAUCACACCUUCUUAGACAUCAGGCAAUCCACACAGGAGACAGACCUCACAAGUGCUUGGACUGUGGGAAAAGUUUCAUACACAAGUCCUACCUUUUUAGUCAUCAGGUAAUCCAUACAGAAGAGAGCCCCCAUAAGUGCUUGGACUGUGGGAAAAGUUUGAAGUGGAGAUCAGACCUUUUUAAUCAUCAGGUAAUCCACACAGGAGAGAGACCCCAUAAGUGCUUGGACUGUGGGAAAAGUUUCAAGCGGAGAUCAGACCUUGUUAAUCAUCAGGUAAUCCACACAGGAGAGAGACCGCAUAAGUGCUUGGACUGUGGGAAAAGUUUCAUACGGAGGUCAAAGCUUGUUAAUCAUCAGGUAAUCCACACAGGAGAGAAACCCCAUAACUGCUUCGACUGUGGGAAAAAAUUUAUAACGAGGUCAGCACUUGUUAAACAUCUGGCAAUGCACACAGGAGAGAGACCCCAUAAGUGCUUGGACUGUGGGAAAAGUUUCAAACGGAGGUCAGAGCUUGUUGAACAUCAGGCAGUCCACACAGAAGAGAGACCGCAUAAGUGCUUGGACUGUGGGAAAAGUUUCAUACGGAGGUCAAAGCUUGUUAAUCAUCAGGCAAUCCACACAGGAAAGAGAUCCCACAAAUGCUUGGGCUGUGGAAAAAGUUUCAUACACAGGUCAAGCCUUAUUAAUCAUCAGGCAAUCCAUACAGGAGAGAGACCCCAUAAAUGCUUGGACUGUGGGAAAAGUUUCCUACAGAGGUCAUACUUUGUUAAACAUCAGGUAGUUCACUCAGGAGAGAAACCGCAUAAGUGCUUGUACUGUGGUAAAAGUUUCAUACAGAGGUCAGAUCUUGCUAAACAUCAGGCAAUCCAUACAGGAGAGAGACCACAUAAGUGCUUGGAUUGUGGGAAAAGUUUCAUACGGAGGUCAGACCUUGUUGAACAUAAGGCAAUCCACACAGGAGAGAGACCCCAUAAGUGCCUCGACUGUGGGAAAAGUUUCAUACGGAAAUCAGACCUUGUUAAACAUCAGGUAGUUCACUCAGGAGAGAGACCCCAUAAGUGCUUGGACUGUGGGAAAAGUUUCACACGGAGAUCAGUCUUGAUUAAACAUCAGAGAAUCCACACAGGCGAGAGACCCCAUAAGUGCUUGGACUGUGGGAAAAAUUUCAGAGAGAGAUCACACCUCAUUAAACAUGGGAAAAUCCACACAGUAUCUAAACUUCUGUGACACGUGACAAGAAAGGGUUAAACAGCUUAGGACUCUUUAAUCCGAUUUCUGUACUCCACCUCGGCAAAUCGAGAUCGCAAUCCCGGGUUUAAGGUAUUGUGGACACAAUUCGACGUUAUUGGUCUCCGGGAGCAAUCCCAGAAUGCUCCCUUGUGACUGCUCUGGACAACACUCUCAACUCCAAUGCACUAGCCAGGUGGGCAGGAAAAGCCCCGGGAACUUUUCAAUUUCAUUUCCUGUUUGGUCACCAUCAGCACAGGUGACCAUCAGCACAGUCCACCAUCACAGGCGACCAUGCAGAGUCCACCAUCACAAGAGAUCACAGAAAAAACGAACUUGGAACGACAUGUUCACCGAGCUCAUGGAGUCCUCCCGCACUGAUAGGGUCCAGCUGAAUGCAUGGAGGCAAACAAUUGCGGAGUGCCGUAAAGCAUUACAGGAACUCGAAGAGAGGAGGGACGCGCGCGAUGAGAGCAGGCAGGACGCUAUGGUCAGGCUCAUGGGGGGACAAACUGACAUGCUCCGCUAUAUGGUGGAUCUAAUGCAGGAAAGGCAGCUGACCACAGACUGCCGCUGCAGCCCCUGUAUAACCACCCUCCCCAAGUUCCAUAGCCUCCUCACUCAGACGCCCAAGAACACGAGGUGGGAGGCUACGGGGACCCACACACUCAACCCCAGAGGAUCGCCCAAGCAGCAGAAAGCUGGCAUAUGGGAACUUUUGAUUUGGUUUCUGGAUUUGUCCUUCCCUCCUCCUCCACCCCCCUAACCCAAGACCCCUUCCUCCCCUGGUCUACCUUCUGAUUUCUCUCAAUGUGUUGUACAACAAAUAAUAAAGAACAUUUU